AUGACUGCCGGCGGCACCACUGUGAAGGGUGCGGCCGCGUUUGGGGGGCGUCUCGGCGGAGACACCCCACAGAUAGUGUCUCCGUUGGUUGGAAUGGAGCGCGACUGCGGGGCCUUCCGCGAGGCGGUUCCAGGCGCCCCGCCUGGGUGCCUCGUUCCCGGGGACGCCGCGCACCUGGCGUCUCCGCUAGCGGGCCAGCCGUGCGGGCGCGGCGCGUCGGCGGCAGGGGCGGGAGACGCCGACCUCGCUGAGGGCUUCGCCCCGGCCUACGAAGUGUCUCCGGGGUACCCUUUUCUGGUUGGGUUGCACCCUACGCCGUGUCUCCUGCCGCUGCCCUCGGCGCCUGCGUCGCCGGCGGCCUUGCCGAGCCUCGCGACCCUGAACGUCCGACCCCACAGAGCCUUUCUGAAGCAGGAAGAGAAUUGGUUGGCCAGAGAUUUCUACCAAGAACGGCGGUGGAAGAUGGCCGCCUCGGGGCGCGUCGGAGGCCUCGUCGCGGCGCGGGCCCGCUGGAUGGAGCUGCGGAAAAAGAGAGAAGAAAGGAGGCUGCUGGCCUCGCCGGUCGCCUCGGCCGUCCAGUCGCUGUGGCUCGGUGCCGUCAGCCAGGUGGAGCCGUCGCUGAUUCCCCCCGCUCUGCAGCCGUGCUGCGCAGCCUUGCCUCCGACGACUGCCACGCCUCAGCUGCGCCUGUCUCUCCUCAGACGGAGGUGUCGGCCGUCGUUUGUGGGCGCAGAGGCUAGCCAGGGAACCGGCGAUGGCGACACAUGCAGCGUCGCUUCGCCGCGCGCGGCGGCGAGCUCGGAUGCCGGCGCGAAGGCGGCGCUGCUGCGCGGGCAAGUCCGGAACCAGGCGGCGCUGAUGUCUCCGCAAAUCCGCGGGAAACUCGGAUCUCUCUUUUUCGUGCGGGACAACCCGUUUUCUGUCUACUCCGAGGAAGACCAGGCUUUUCUCUCUUCCGUCUGUUCCGGCCCGCGGGGGCGACAGGCGCGGGGCGGAGACGCGGCCGAGAGGGCGGGGAGUGCAGAGGUAGGCGCGGGGGCUCAGCGGGAGAAGGAAGAGCGGACGCGUGCCAAGCCAGAAGAAGACAAGGCGCGCGAAGAAGCGAAGGAAAAGAAGAGGUCCGCGACAGACGAGAACGGAGAGGACCCGACAGCCGACGGAAACGAUCACGUCGGCUCCGCGCUGCCGAAUGGACGGACGUGGAGGCCGAACGAGGCCCAGGAGGGCGAAGCAGAGAAAGAAGAGAGCCGGACCCAGGACUGCUCGGGACUGCCGGCGGAAACGCAAGACAAAACAGAUGAAGAAGACAGUUCGUGCGCGUCGCCUCGAAGAUCCGGGCUCGAAAGUACGACCAGAGAGUACACAUCUCGACCCUCUCCACGUGCGCGUCGACGAAAGAGUGCGACGGACGACCUGUCGGCUCUCGACGCGUCCGAUCUGUUCCUCCCUCUGUCUCCGUCUCUCCAUGCCUUUCUCUUGGACACCAUAGCGAGGGGCUUGGAAGACCGCAGACAGGCGCCCUUUUCGCGCGCCAGGCGAGAAGUUCGUCCGUCGCGUCGCGCCCCAGAGGACAGAGAAGAGAAAGACGGACGUCUCCCGUCCUUCUCUCCGCUCUUUUCUGCCGGCGCAUCUUCGUUUCUGCUGCCUUGCCCGAGAGAGGCGCGUGGCGAGGGCGCGGGGGGACAGAAGAAGAAAGAGGAGAAAAGAGAAGAGGAUACUCCGCUGUCGAGCAGAGAACUGGGCCUGACGGCGGGCGUCUCGGAGGCGUCGCCCUCCGCGGGAAGCAUCAGCACUUCUCGAGAAGUCGAUUCCCCCGUCCAUUCUGUGAGCACGACGUGGUCAUCUUCUCUGCCCGUGCCCAGCUCCUCGCAGAGCGGCCUGGAUGGCGCCCCGGCGGUCCCGGCUUCGGGCGCGUCUCCUGUCGGGAGAGACAGUGUGGGGGGGCGAGUUAGCGACAAGGGCGACGCGGAGCCAGCUGGCCGCGGUGCGGGGACGUGGGGAGUGCCUGGAGCGUGCACCUGCUGCGUCUGUCGUGGAGAGAAGACUCACGCGAGCGACCGCCUCCCGGAGAAUGUUGACGCUCGUCUGCCAGGCGCAGAGGCCAGCGUUUCUGCCCACGCCACAGGGGCGUCUCCGACCCCACAGGUGUCGGGCCGUCUUUCGCUGGAUGGCGCUGCGGACGGAGACGCGGAGCGCGGACUCCACUGCACGUGUCAACUUUGCUUCCUCUCCGAAGGCGUGCUGUCGAAACGCGAGUACCUCGCGAGUGCCCCGCUGCUGGGCACGGACGACGAGAGACACUUUGUGGACUCCGCGUCGCUCCACACUGUCCGUUCCCCGUGGUUCUCCGCCCGGGCGCAGAGAGGCCCUGACCUGUUUGGCGUCUCCGAGGACGGGACGUGCGUGCCGGGCUACGUGGGCGUGGGCGACUGCGACCUGGACCUCGGCUCCGACUCGGUCUGCCUCUCGGACUGGAUUUACUUGCACCACGAGAAAACCCUCGAUCUCGCUGCUCCGCUAACCUUUGACAUUCUGGCGAAUGCGCCGCCCAGCAUCUUCCUCGGGGCGGCCUUCUCGGGCUUCUCCGACCGGGCGGGCCCUGCGGCGCUCUCUCGCCGCACGCGCGACGACCGCUGUGCGGGCGCCUACUCGUCCCGGCUGAAAGGGGCGAGCCGCGGUGCCGGCCGCUUCGCGAGCCAUGCGCAGCCUCCGUCUCCGGCGCACCGCGGCUCGGCGCUCCUCGAUGGCAGCCAAGACGAACCUCUGGCCGACGGCGCGACGCCCGGGCGCGACCGGAAAGGCGACGAGGGCCUGAAGGUGGAGGCCGAGAGCGAGGCCCUCGCUGGCCGGCGCGGCGCAAGUGCCGGAGCCGCGGGCGCCUGGCCCGUUUCGGGCGCGUUGGGCUCCGGCGCUGGCGACGGCGGCGACGGCAGAGACGACCGCGGGAGAGACUUGGGGAUGGCGGGCGGCGCAAGAGCAAGAGGUGAAGAAGACGAGGAGGACGACGAACUCCGGCCGGGGCCCGCAGAUGGCGACGCUGCCCAGGUUGGCGGCGAGGGUGGGGCCGACUCUUUCAGAGGCGCAGGGGAGGGCCCUGGGGGAGCUGACGCCGUGGCUCUGUCUCGCCAGAAGUCGCGCAUGGCGCGGAAGGACCGGCGGCGGAAAACGGCGUGGAAACUGCUCGAGAGCGUAUCACUCGCAGCGAUCUGGGACAUCCUCAGCAAGAAGACGGACAACACACCGUUCACCGAACUCCUCCCCGUCGAAUUCCGCCCGCCAGACUGGCGCCUCGACGUGUGCCAAAUCCCUGCGCUCAAGACAGACCGCGAAGAGUGGCAAGAAGCGGUGGCGGAGUUGUCGAAUCUGGCCGACCCUUUCUCCCCGGCGUAUGGGUCCGCGUCUUCAGCGUCGUACUUGCCUGAGUUUCUCUUUCCGAGUUCGCCUCAAGGCGCCCCAGACCGCAGAGGCGUCUUCGCUUAUCCAGACUACGUGGGCUCGCUUUGCUCGCCCUUCCCCACGACCUUCGGUCCGGAAGGAUUUCUCGUCGGCGCAGGCAGCGGUCGGCCGCACCCGACUGACGGUGCGGCAGGCGCCGACAAGGAGAACAGAGACGGCCUGAAGGACGAGCGAGAGGAGCGGCGGAAAGACGGCAGAGAUGACGGCGCGCCCAGUCACCUGUCUCCGGCCCCGCCCGGGCUCUAUUACCCAGGCGCCCCAGGAGCCGACCGGGGGCGCGUCGCGGAUGGCUCGGAUCCUCGGUCUGCUGAAGCAGGGGCAGAACACAGCCUGGGAACCUAUCCCUAUUUGCACCCGUCUCAAGCUGCGGCCGCGUACGCCCACCGCCAGGCUGGAUUCAAAACGGACCCGGCCCUCGCGGACCGUCUCUUCCCGUCGGAGUCUGGACAACGCCUGCCGCUCUUCUCUUCCCCGUAUCUUUCGAAGGCGCCGUUCUCGGGGUAUCCGCCUGCAGGCUCUGGCCGACCGGGUCUCCCCGGGGGCGUGCCGGCGGCAGGAGCUCCUGCCGCGCCGCAGGGGCCCGGAGCGACCGCGGUGUCUCCUCGGGGUCGGCACCCGCACCUGAUGCUGCCUGGAGCCCCAGCCGGCGCGCACCUGAAGGGCCAGCAGGGCGCGGCCGCGGGCCUGUCUCUGGCUCGCGCCCGGGACGACUUUGGAGCCCAACGCGGCAUCGGUGUGUACACGGGGGGGCUUUCUGGCGGGACGUUGGCGGCUUUUGCCCGGGGGCGUCCGGGAGGUGAGCGAUCGCAUCCGCAGUGGGAUUUGAAUGAGAGCGCGAUGCUUUUAGCUCUGGUGAAGAAGUUCGGACAACCAAAUCCGCACUACAUCGCGAUCGGGUCACACAAGUCUCGGGCGGCGUUGCCGGUCCGUGGUGUGGAGGCGAGGAAGCGGCAGCUGCAAGUCGUCGCGGGCCUCACGCGUCUGCUCCAGCGUAGGAGACUGCGAGAAGAGGAGUCCAGUCAGGAGAGGGGAUCCGACGGACACAAGAAAGGGCCCAAGCUCUCUUUCUGGGGCAAGAAGGGAAGGCUGCUUUCGCUGCUCGCGUCGGUCGAGCGCGAAGAGAGGGAGAGGGAAGCUAGAGGCGCGGAAAACGCCGAGAAGGACGGAGAGGGGGGGGGGAAGGGCGAUGCCUCUGGAGGGUCGGUCGGCCAAAAAGACGGAAACUCCCCAGAGAAGAACGGAAAAGAGAUUCCGGCUGACCCCAAGUCGUUCCCCUCCGUGCUGACGUACUCGUCCCGGUCAGUCAACUGGGACCUCGUCUCGACAACCUUGAGCAACUCAGGGACGUGGCUGUCGAACGCCUUGGCCGGAAGCGAAGGCGGUCGGAAACAGUCUUCCUUUUCGCCUCAAGGCAUCUCUCUCGUGUCGAUCGGAGACGCAAUGGCGUCGUCUGCCGUCUCGCGCCUUCGGUCGCCUGCGGAGUGUCGCGAGCAGUAUCUGCUUUUGCGCGCGCACUUGAGGAAAAUGGUGACUCAGCCCCGAGGCCAAAGACACCCAAUGCUCGUUCUCCUCCUCCAGCAGUACUACAAGCACGUCCGGAGACACCCCACGUUCCAAGAAAACUUCUACCCUUUCCGCCCCCGACAGCACCUCGCGGGAGGACGAACUGUCUCUUUGUUUUCGCCCGGCCCUCCUCUCUUCUCGCACAGUGUUUGCGAGAGUCUCGCGUCCCCCGCGUUCGCGCCCUUGGUGGACAACCAGCCGCCGUCGGCCUUUUUCAGCGCGUUCGUCUCUUCGCGCCUCUCCCCACAUUUGGAGACCUCGCGCCGCGCUUCGUCUGCGGCAGACGGCGAGAAGCGGGUAUCAGCGAGCGAGGGCCAGCAGGACGCGGCCAUGCCUGCCGUCGGAGCGAAGCGGCAGGCGCCGGCGAAGACCCUGGAGGGACAGGAGGAAAACGGGGAACGUGCGCAUGAAAAAACAGUCGUCGUCGUCGAAUGGGGCGACGAGGAGGAAGAGGGUGGGGUCGAGACGGGAUCUGUGUGGACCGAGACAGGGAAAAGGAGGCCUGCAUCAAGGGACACUCCUUUCGCCGUCAAGCGAAGACGACUGGAAGGGGAGACCGCGGACGACAGGCUGUCGGUCGUCUUCUCCGUUUACCCCCUUGGCGGUUCCUUCAUUCAAGAUCUGGUGCUCUGGUGCUCGAGGGUGCUCGACAAAAGACACGUCUGCGUUUCGACCUCCAGAACAGUCCCGAAAACGUCUCCUGUGCAUCGGUUCUUGAAGGUGGUGCGACGGCGAUGCCGAGAAAGGCGGAACGGAUAUGAUGCGUAUCCCAGGACUGGGAUCUACGGCUUGUCUCGCUUCCUCCUACAGUCUCUUUCGCCCCUGCUAUCUCUCCCGUCUCCGGCUGAUGUUCCUCUCAGUGUCGGGGGGGAGAAAGGCUGUGGGGGGGAGCCCCGCCAAGCGACGGCGGACUCGGCUCUUCCGACAGAGAUAAAACUGGGCGGAUUCUCAGACCUGAACAAGUAUCCUCUUCCUCUUCGUCUCCAGCUGCUCCUGUCUCUUGCCGCUUCGCAACUGAAGACGAAUACGGAAACCUCGCCCUCUUGUCAAAAGGGGAAAGAAGCCGCGGAUAGGGAGAGCGUCGACUCGCUGCUGCGCGCCUUGUUGGGGCCUCGAAAGGCCUCUGGAGCGCGAUCAGGCGAGAAAGCGUCUCCAGCCGACUGUACGCUUGCGGUUGCGCGUGUGGGGACCGUGUGGGGUGGAAACGUGGCUGGCGCGGAGACAGUGUGGGAGGCACUUGCAGACCUGAACCCCCUGGCCUACGGCCUGGGGCUUCCCGACCACCUGAGGACAGGGGACCUAGGCAGGCACUUUGGAUCCUUUGCUCUUCGGUCCCUCCCGCUUCCGUCGCCUGCGAUCACGGCGAACCGCGCAUUCUUUUCCGCCGCCUUCGGCACCGCGCCCCCUGCUGGGCGCGUGAAGAAGCGGUCGCGACACACUCUGGUCUCGCCUGGCACUGCUUCGGAGGCGAGCGCGCUGGUAACGGGACCCGGGUCGAAGGAGACACCUGUGCCGGGGCCGUGUGCGCCUGCGAGAGACACGGUCGCAGGUGGACAGGCAGACGGCAGCAGAGAGGCAGAGAAAGCGGCAGAGAAGACUCUCGCAGAGAGAGAACACCUCUCAGCGGGCAGAGAGGACGGUCAAGACUCGUGCGCGUCAAAGACGAAGCGGCGAGCGGAGCAGGAAAAAGAGGGAGAGGUCGGAGAGAAGUCUCUGUCUUUUCUUGCCUCGACCGCGGAGAAGUGCGGCUUUUGGCUUAUGCUCAACGAACGCGAAGUGGACCAGGAAGCAGAGUCCGCGCAGAAGGCGUCGCCGGCGUGGAAAACUUCGCGCUCGGCUCUGGGUGCAGCCGCGGCCUUCGGGGUCGAGGGGCCGACUUUCCACGAGAUGAUUCGCUGCGUGACGCGAAAGAGCUUGGGAGCACUCGCCUGCUCCGCGUCGCACUUGUUCCAGCCGGCCCGCUUCGCAGGCCGGUCCGCCUCGACACCUCGAUCGGCGUCCGGAGCCCGGCGCUUGCGCGCGUGCGGAGCAGAGACCGUGUCAGGCGAGAGGGCCCGAGCGUCUUUUUCUUCCGCGGGAGCGGCCGCGGGGGGUCAGAGAAGCGACGCGGAGAAGGCGCGCCUGCGAGGCGCGAGUCUCCGCGACGCGUGGAUCCCUGCGGAAAUCAGUCAACAAGAAGCAGAAGGCAUCAAGUUGGCUGCUUCCCUCGUCUGUCGCUGCAGCGACAGCAUGCGAAAACGGCUCGCCGCCCUCAACAGCUUAUCGGACGCGCUCGGUGUCCGCAGUCUCCUGCCUCCCGGGGUUCCGAGCAACUCGCUGCUGGUGCCCCCGCACCCCUCUCAGCUGCGGUUCUUGGACGGGGCGAACCACCUGCUCAGUUCCUACGUACACCGCCAGGAAGCGCCGUCCCUCCUGUACACCUCCUCUGCGUCGCCUCGCAUGUCGCCCGCCGAUCCUGUGGAGGCGGUCUCUUCCAGAGCGAAGGUACCGGAUCCGCUCUCGGCUUCCAACCGGCUGUGCCUUGGCGUCUUGCCUCUCACUGGGCCUCUCUAUCCCCAUCAGUUCGGCGCGGGCCUCGCGCCCUGGCUCUUGAUUGUCAACCUGGCGCUCCAGCGAGAAGAACAAGAACAGCUCUUGGCCUGCGCCACACACUGGAUUCAGCAGUCCUCUCGCUCUUCGCUCGCGGCUCUUCCGCCCAACCUCGGCCUCGCAACCGCGGGGCCCGCGAUCGUCACACCGGCAGUCGCUUCACUCGAGGCGUUCCGGAAGCCGCAGCUGCCGGAGGUGCUGGCCCUCUACCGCAGUCACCAGGCGGGUCACCGCACGUCCGCGCUGUACUCCAGGACCACGACGGAAGGUCCAUCUUCUCGCCAUCCACCGUCUUCUCUGGCGGCCCACUUCGCGAUGGCGCGGACAGGAGCUGGGUCGCUGUCGGCUCCGCCCUCGGGGCCUUCUGCCGCCUAUUCCUCUUUCGUCUCGGGUUCGUCUCUGCAUUCCAAACAACAGGCCUCGCCUCCCCCCAGAGUCCUGCUCUCCACCCCGGGCGGUGCGCCCCCGCAGGGCCCUGUCCCCUUAGGCGGGAAUGUGGUGGCGACCCCGCCGUCUCCUGGGCCAGGACCAUCGCAGGACCCUAAGGGCGCAGCUCGACUCUCGAUGGGGCGCGAAGGAGACAUCUCGGCUCCAGCGUAUUAUCGGCCUUUCUCCAAGGACAGACACGGCCCCCCCACAGGGCCCGACGCUGGAGCGCCGCCCUCGCCCUACUUCUACACGCAGUGUCCCUCGGCGCCUCCGCCGUCCUAUGGACCUCAUGUCUCCUACCCAGGCCAUGGCGGCGGACCUCCAGGGGCGCAGCCGUACCCGCAGUCCAUGCCUGUCUCCUUUCAGAGACCCCACGAGCCGUCGAGUGAAGAAAAGGGAACCGGUGGCGAUCCACGAGCACGAAUGCUCGCCCCACCCGCAGGGAUGCCUGGCCCAGGGCCCUCGGGUUCAAAUUCUCCCCAAAUGGGCGGGAUGCUACAACCCGCGCCCGGUGGUCGAUCGGCGCCUGCGGGGAAGCCGGAAAAGACUCAGGAGUCGCCUUCUUUCCAGUCCUCGUCUGCCGCGCCUGCUGGCCCGUACCCGUCUCUUCCUGCGCUACCCAGCGGCACGGCUCCGGGCGGCUUUCCGUCAGGUGCCUUCCACGGCGGCGUCCCGCCAGGCGCCUCGGGCGGAGAAAGUGCGGCCUAUCCUCAGGGCCCAAGGAGAGACGGUUCUUCGUUCUCGGCCUCCGCUGGAAGUGAAGAUCGCCAGGCGCCUUUCGGGUCUCAUGGGCCCGCCGGCUCCAAGCCAGCGAGCGGCGUGGCUGUGCGAUCCAGAGAAGACGGCGCGCCAGAGUCCGGGAAACCCGGAUCUGAGGCGCUUCCCGCUGCAGGCGCGGCUCACGCGAAGCCUGGCGCUGACUGCGGUCCGCCUGCGUUUAGCGGCGAGGGGGCCGCGGGGCCGCCGCAUGCCGGCGCCGGCGUGUUUGGAACCCAACGAGCGGACACUGCGGGUGCGGUCGGAAAUGUCUCCUCGUUGGAGGCGAAAGGGGGCGUUCUACCCGACGGGAAAAGUGGCGGCAGUGGGUCGGAUGCCGCCGCUGUCUCGCUCUCGCCACCUUACAGAGGUGACGAAGGAGCAAGUUCAGUCUUUUCCUCUGCGGCGGGUCUCCCUCAAAAGCCGAAUCCUUUUGUCCCCACUGCGGCGUCUGGAACGCCCCUGCACGGCCCUGCGGACGCUCACUCGGCCGCAGGCGCCCCAGCAGUCGGUGUCUCUCCGCCGGGGCCAGGUGGCUACCCACCAAGAGGGGCCGCACCAGGGAACGGGCGAGGACCAUUCCCGUCCUCUACGCCCAUGCACCAUGCAUACUCUUCCAUGUCUGGGUCGUAUCUGCAAACCCCAGCAGGCGGCUCUGUCGUUGCGGGUCCCUACGCGCAGCCUGGAGGGCCCCAACUCGCGGGAGGAGCCGGGAGACACCCUGCGGGCGCAGGGGAGAAUCCGACCUUCGCGUUCCAAGUUCCUCGGCAAGAUGCUUCGGGGUUGAGAGAGCGCGAGUCCGAUACUUCUGCCGGUGCCGUGUCUUCCACCAUGCAUGGAUGCGGGCCAGGCCAACGUCCCGGCGCUCCGGCCGAAAGGCGCAUUUCGGGAGGGAAGGAAUCGGACUCCGGUGCUGGCUUGGUGAAAGGUGCCAAGAAUCUGUCUCCAUCCUCUCCUGGGUUUUAUUACCCAGCCCCGAUGGGCCCUGAGGCCCGGUCGACUGGCGACCCGGAAGGGGACCGGGCAGGAAGCACGGGCCAGGAGACAGGGUCGCAAGGCCCAGUGGGCGGCGACAGGAGCGGAGCGCGGGUGGACGGGGAGGGACACCACAACUACGGCGGCCCAGGGGGGGAAUUUGGGUAUGAGGCCGCGCAGCAGUCGGGCGGCGGGGCGUAUCGAGUGCCGCCUGCGACGCCCCAGGAGUACAAUCCCUCGCUCGGCCCCCAGUACUUCUCUCCUUCGCCCCACAGCUCCGCAGUACCCCAGGCUUCGCCAGGGGUCCCCGGGGAAGCCCCCGCCAGCGGCGCGCCCGCACCCCAUCCGGGCCAGGGCGGCCCCGGUGCAGGGCCAGCUGACCCAUACCCUGCGGGGCUAGCCUCCGAGGCGACCCACGGGCCUGCGGCGUACUUUGGGGCGCCUGGCGGUCAGUCUGGUGGGGCCCGGAGCGAGGACGCGCGGCGACGGUAUGCGGGGAGCUCCGGACUCCCGGGAGUCUCUUGCGUCUAUCCAGAGGGCGGAGGGUAUGGCUAUCCGGUGCCAGGCAGAGCGCCAGCCGCGGGAAAAGAUGAAAUGGUCCAGGACUCGAACUACAUGCAGUAUCCUGUCGGUACGCCGAACGUCCCUCGCGCCGCCGGAGACGAGGCGAGUCUGAACCGGAGAGACGGACAGGAGAGCCCUUGCCCCGCCGGCUGGGGCGCCGGAGCUCUUCCGGGGGGCCCGUACUCGACGCCGUCUGUGUCUUCUCUCUCGUCUUCGCUCCCGUCGUCUGCAGGCAGCAAGCAGAAGCGGAAUCCCUCAGCUGCUGCGGGAGCCGGAGCGAAGGCUCAGCCUGCGCGGAAACGUCAAAAGAAGCAGCCGGCCUCGGCGCCGGGCGGAGAGAAGGGGGCUGCAGAGUCGGCGACCCCGAAUCCGAGCGCAGCGAGCCCGGCUUUCAACACCCCGCCGGGUCUGAAGAUGGGAGAAGAAAGACACGGCCAUGAAGGUGGCCCCGACCGCGCGCAAGUGGGCGUGGGAGGCAGUCCACCAAAGAAAGAAGAGGCAGACGGCGCGACGCUCAACCACCACGCCCGUGGGGUGCAAGGGGCCAUGGCGCCGUCCCCAUACCCUUCUGCUCUGUCUCAGGGUUUCGAAAACGCGUGCGGGAAUCCGUCCAUGAUGGGGAUGACGCCAGGGCCGUUCGGAGGCAACCAGCAACUGAUGCCGGGCGUUCGGCCCUCGGACACCAGUGCGGGCACUCCCGGGGCGUUCCUGGUCCAGCACUCCUCGCCUUUUCUCCCCCAUGCGCAAUCUGCGUCUCUGACGCCUCACCAGGAUCCCAACGCCCCACCGCCGGCUCAAAUGAUGGGUCUCGCUGCGACUCCUGGCGGGGCCCGCGAAAUGGCUUCCAGCCAAGAGGGUGUCUCUCCGAAUAUGCAGGCCUCUUUCGCGGCCGCGUCGGCGUAUCCGGGAGGGAUGCCCUCGUCCAUGUAUGGUUCCAUGGCGAACACCGCGGCGGCGCGCGCAGAUGCGCUCCAGGCCCCACAGCCCCACAGAGGGCCCAUGUCGCCGAUACAGGGGCACGGCCAGACUCACAUGAGUCACCAGACGCAGCCCGGGCGCAGCAUGCCCGCAGCCUUUUCGGCGAUGGGGAAGCCAGGGAUCCACGGGAAUUUCGCGCCGGGGUCGGGCACGAAGCCGUCGGCGCUCGAGUCUGGAGUCGCCGGGCCUGUGCCGCGGAACGGGGACUUUGGGGACACGAGCCGGGGGGCUUCUGGCGCCCAGCACUCGCACCCUAGUCAGGGACAACAGAUGACGCCGCACUCUUCGUUUGUCUCCGGAGUUGCGGGGCCUGCCAUGGGUGGCGUGCCGGCGUCGGGCGUCGCGAUGGCUGAAGGCGGCCACGCGCUGAGCCUCCCCGGCGGCAUGCAUGCGCUCGGGACUUCGCAGUCGGCUCCGGCGUUCCUGCCUUAUUCGCAGAAUCCGUCCCUGUCUGCGCCGGACGCUUCGGCCCAGAAGCCGAUGAAUCCACAGCUCCAAGGCUCCUUCUCGCCUGCUCUCCCGUCGCCUUUCCAGUCCCAGAUGCACGCAUCGCCGCAAACGCCAUAUGUCAACUCGGGGUCGGUGCCGGCGCCUGCGGGAGGCGGGAACCGCGGGCCAGCAUUCUUCAGUGGAGGCGACCGGGGCAACAUGCAGCCUCAGAUGCAUGCACUCCCUCCGGGCUACUUCCACAACCACCCUCCGAAUCCGUACGAUGUGGGCCACAGGCCGUCUGGCGCCGGUCCGCCGUCGGGGCCCAUGAACCCCCUGUCUUCGUACUCGCCUGCUGUCCCCAUGCACUCCUACGGCUCGCCGAUCCCGGGGGCGCCCGGCGAAGGACACUCGAGCUACGCGUCGGCGGCGCUUCCAAGUCACGCGAUGGGUCGAGAGGGAAACGCGCCCGCGGGCGGUGCCGGCCUGAGCCAGGCAGGCCCGAACGGCGGCAUGGGUCUGCCGGCGGCCGGAGCCUCGGGAGGGAGUUGCGGUGUCUCCAACGUCGUGGCGCCCUUCCAGCCUGGGGCUUACAUGCCCCGAGAAGGCGGGUUAGACAGACAGAAUCGAGGCGGGCCAUCGCAGCCUCCGUUUGCCUUCUCUGGGCAUCCCGGACAAAGACGCGACGGUAGAGAGGGCGAGAUGGCCUACUCGGCUCUACCCCAGUCGUACUAUCCGGCUCCUGCGCCGGGUCAGUUCGAGGAAGGCGCAUAG